AUGCAGGCCGUUCGCCGCGCUAUCGCUGUGGCGGACGAGAUAGCCGCCGACGCCAUUGGCAACCUCCAGGACAAGUACGGCGGCUCCAGCACCUCCACUGGAAUGCACGCUGGAGGAAAGGAGCAGUUCGGCGGACCUCCGCGGCUCGAGUCGGGCGCCUACUCGACCGGCCGGAUGCAGGGCUUCGGCAGCAACGGGGCGACCCACCGCCCCGAGCCGGCGGAGCCGGAGCGGGAGCGAGGCUACGCAGGCAGGCGCGACUACGGCGCGAGCCACGGCCGCGGCGACCCGUACCAGCGGCCGGACCCGCGCGCGAGGAGGGAGGAGGAGGAGUGGAGGCAGCGGCAGCGCGAGGAGGAGGAGCGGGCGCGCGUCGCCUCGAGCCGAGGCUACGCCGUCCCAGGCCCGACGAAGCCGCGCGAGGGGCAGGGCCGCGCCCGGCCGCCCGAGCCGUCCCAGUACGGAGGGUCGGGUCGCAUGCAGGGCUUUGGCUCUGGGGACGCACCUCGGCCGCCGCGCGAGCCGAAGAUCGAGUCGGGUCCGCCCUUUCUCCGCGGGAGGGGCUCGUACUCGUCGGGCCGCAUGCAGGGUUUCGGCUCGGACGGGAGGGCGCCCCGGCCGGACCCGGCUGGGCAGGUCGGCAGGACCGCCUACCCGAGCAGGCAUGGCCAGCCCGACCCCCCCCCCCCCCGCGGCCGGUCCUACGACCGCGACGAGGCGGCGGUGCGGGCGGCCAAUGAGCGAUUCGGCCGCAACAACAACAGCCGCAGCACCAGCAGCAGCAACGACGACUACUACGGGGGCGAGAACGCUGCUCGCAUGAUGAGCAAAAGCCGCGGCAGCCCCGGGGGCUACC